UUCUCUCUCUCUCUCUCUCUUCAGUGUCUCUCGCUCUCUCCCCAUCUACCUCUCCCUUUCUGCUGCUCCUCUCCCCUUCCUUGUGGUCGCGGGCAACCGGAGGACCGAUUCACCUCGUUGUUGGUCAUCGUCGCUUGAGAUCCAUCACCCAAGGAAGCUCGAUCAGAGGCUCCUCUCUCGCAGCUCCUCGCAUUGCAAGAAAGCAGCCAAGACCCAGUUCAAUCUGAUACUAUUUGAACUCUUUCCUAGUUACUUUUGUGGAUGAGUUUUCUUCAUGUAAUUGGGUUUGGCUUGAAGGUUGGCCGCCUAAUAUUGAUGCUAUGUUGCUGGCUUUUCUCUGUGAUUUCCAUGAAUUGGUUCAUUGAUGGUGGAAUCAUGGAAACCAAGACUGGUUUUCUUGGUGAUGGUACAAAGAUUUGGGUGAAAUUUUGGGAGAUGAUCUCAGAAAUCACGAGUAAGAUCCACCAUUGAUACUACCAGUAUAUUGGGUCCAAGAGAGUGAGAAAAACAUGGUGGAAGAACCUUUUGAUCACUUGGAUUGUUUUCUAGACCUUAGCGUCUUUGUCUGUGUUCUGGUACAUAGCUCCAAAGCUGUGGAGAAGAGGAAAGAAACCUUUGCAAGCAUGUGUGAUGAGAGAGCUAGAAUGUUACAAGAUCAAUUUAAUGUCAGCAUGAAUCAUGUACAAGCUAUGUCCAUUGUGAUUUCAACUUUCCACCAUGGAAAAAGGCUAUCUGCUAUUGAUCAGGAUCAAGAUAGCAAUGCUCAUAUGGCGUAUUGGCUAUCAAAUACUUCUAUGUUGUUGUUUUUGCUUCAAAGGACUUUGAAAGCUACUGGUGCGAAACCACUGACUCCAACUUCAUUCUUUGGGAGGAUGACUCAAGGAUUUCGAUCAUCCCUUUCUUCUGCCAACCUUUCUUUCUGCGGGCUUGAAUUGUACCAGGUUGAGGCCAAAUAUGUAGCUCUACUUUUCAAGCAGCAGCUCACUACUUAUGUGAAGAAGAUAUAUGGAAUAGUUCGAGACAAUUCGAAGAAGGACUUGUCCUCGCUUCUUUCUUCCUGUAUCCAGGUACACUGUCUACCAAAGUUUGAUCUUUCAACUGCAUGUAUCUGGAUUCUAUUUUUUAGGGUAACCAAUCAUAUGGUUGUUUGAAAGUUAAGCACUUGAACUUGUUCCAAGUUAUGAAUAAUAUAUUUAUUGGUUAUAAAUUUUUAGGAAAUAAAUUGUGUUGUUGAAUCAUUUUCAGUCCUUUGAAUUCUUGACAUUACAUUAUAGUUUUGGACAUCUUUUUCUCUUUUAUUCACCAGAUGUAUUUUUCCGUGAGCCUGUCAAGGAUUAAAGAUAAUAGAUCCUUUGUCAAAAAAUCUGGUGAAGAUGUUAGCUAGAAUGAAGUAGUAACAUUAGUUUCAAUUUUCUGUUUCAGCUGGUCAUGGUUCACAUUGUAUUACUUGCCAUGUAACUAAUAAUUGUUGUUAAUAAAUUAGGCUUUGUGAAACCUGUAACGCCCUUAAAAAUAAACCCAUCAUGACAUUCAUUCAUGAUAAAUAGAAGAGAUUUCAUAUUACAAUCAUCAGAGUAUUCUUACAAAAGGUAAUACAUGUUGACAACAAAAGUAAA